UGUUGUGAAAUAGUUGUUUUGAUAGGCCGAAGUAAUAGAAUAGUAUUAUUUACUAUUUGAUAGGGACGAUAAAGCUGUUAGUUAGGAUUUUUUGAAACGAUUAGAUAGAAUUAGUUAGGUUAAACUGUCUUUGAAUUUAAAAUAUAUAAAAUAAAAACUAUUUCUUAUAUAUAGCUGUAAAAAAUCAGUGAAAUAUUGGAAGGAAUUAUGAACACUAAACCACCAUUUGGAUUGGAGCUCUCAUCAUCUUCAAUGAACGAGAGAGAGGUUAGUCAGGUUAAUUAAACUGUUUCUUGUAGUGGAUUCCAAUUUUUUUUUUAAGAAACAGUUUCUUGCAGUGAAUUACUUUAGAGAUUAAAGGAUACUGUCAGUUUAAACCAAUAGAAUUUCAAUUUUUAUCCAUGUUAGAAAUCAAUUUAAAAUAUGAUACACAUUUGAGGAAUAGAGGGGAAGUGAAUUAGGGGGUUGAUUUCAUGUAUCAGGGAGAAAAGAGACAGAACGCAGUGGCAACAGAGAAAAAAAUUGACUAUGUGAGAUUUUGUUUUAUUUUAAUUCAAAUAUUAUUUUUUUUUUGAAAAUUGAGUAUCGGAUGGGCAAAAAGCUGAAGUUGGUUGUAUGUGUAAAGUUUUUUUUUUCUUUCUGAAAUUUGUAUGUGUAAAGUGAUUCUACAAAGUGCAUAUUUUUUAAUUUCAUACUUUAUGAAUAAAUGUUUUUGUUUCUUUCUAAUUUUAAUUUUUUUGCAGCCACAUCUACUCAAUGCAAGAUUGGAACGCAAUUUGUGCCCUAAACCACCACUCGGAUUGAAGCGCACGGCGUCUGCAAUGAAAGAACGAGAGGAAAUGUGGCGUAAGAUGCAAAAAUCCAAAAAGCAAAACUCAUCAACAACGCUCAAGUUCGCACCUGCUACUUUUUAUGCUAAGUUGCUGAAUAUCGGAAAAUACAAUUUUAUACCUACAAAUGUCAACGAAUUGGUGGUGAAGUGUCAAUUUGUAAGGAGAAAGCUUAUAUGGGAGAUUUUAGAUAGCAGUAAGAAGAAAAAGUUCAAAGCUGAAGUACCAUGGGAUAACAUUUCGGCCAUAAGAGCUUUUAUUGAAGAAAACAAGACUGAAAUCCUUGAAAUUGAGCUUGAUGAGCAACCAAUUUUUCAUAAGGAGAUUAGUUCACAAAGCACACACACCACGUGGGAGAUAUCAGAUCAUGAUUUCACAGGAGGUCAUGCUAUGACGUACCGGAUUCAUCAUUUGGAGUUCGCUAGUGGAGAUUUGGGCAAACACUAUGAGAAGAUGUUAAAGUGUGAUAAGAGACUAAUGGAAUUGAGCCAACAACCUUUUCCAAGGCUGGACUCUCCAUAUUUUGGCCCACCUGUGCUAUUUAAAAACAUCAGAGAUUACAACCCUGUGCAACUUGAUGAUUCAGUGGAAAAAGUUAUGGCUUUAGAUCGAGCACAACCAUUUCUCAAUGAGCUAAAAUCCGCCAUCAACCAUGAGCUCUCACAAUCACAACACUUGCAAAAUGUAUUAUAACUAGAUUACAAAUCUGCACAUUAUGUGGUGUAAGAAAUGAUUUGUGAAUUUUAUUGUAGUAUAACUAUUUUAAUGGGUGUAAUGGGUCUUUUUUUGAGGGUUUCUAGCCGCUUGGUUAUUUGAGAAUUCUUUUUCCUUUUAUCUCAAUGAGUUUUUCCUAAUUAAGAUUUUAAUGAGAUUUUUUCCCAAAUGUGCUCUUCCAAAAAUGGUAUAAGCAUGUUUUGGAUUCAAUUAAGUUUUCAUGAGAGGCUUGUUCUCAUGACUCUUAUUUCUCAAUUAUUCAAUAAAGCUC